AUGCAGCUGCGGACUUGGGCUGGUUUGGUUCUGACCGUCUUCGCUGUGUGGAGCUGCCAGCAAACCAACGGAGAAAUUUGUCCGAGUAAAGACAUCAGGAACAAUGUGACCAACCUGCGUUCCCUGGAGAACUGCACGGUGAUCGAGGGCCACCUGAAGAUCCUCCUGAUGUUCACCACGAAGCCGGAGGACUUCCGCGGCCUGAGCUUCCCCAAGCUGACCGUGGUGACGGACUAUCUGCUGCUCUUCCGGGUUUACGGCCUGGAGAGCCUCAGCAGCCUCUUCCCAAACCUGACGGUGAUCCGGGGGAACAACCUGUUCUUCAACUACGCGCUGGUGCUGUUCGAGAUGCUCCAGCUGAAGGAGAUGGGCCUGCACAGCCUGAUGAACAUCACCCGUGGCGCCGUGCGAGUGGAGAAGAACCCGGACCUCUGCUACCUCUCCACCCUCGACUGGUCCAAAAUCCUCGACUCCGUGGAGGACAACUACAUCGUGGCCAAUAAGAACGACGGAGAGUGCGGGGACGUGUGUCCCGGCAUGGCUAAAGGCAAGACCACCUGCCCUCAGACCACCAUCAACGGACACUUCAGCGAGCGCUGCUGGACGCAGAAGCACUGCCAGAGAAUGUGUCCGUCCUCCUGUAAGCACCGCGCCUGCACCAAGGAUAACCAGUGCUGCCACGAUCAGUGCCUGGGCGGCUGUGUGGAGCCGAACUCUCCCAGCAAAUGCGUGGCCUGCAGGAACUUCCUCCACCAGGGGGUGUGUGUGGAGAGGUGCCCCCCGGGGUUCUACACCUUCAAAGGCUGGAGAUGUGUGGACUUCGCCUUCUGCCAGGCUCUGCACAACAAGUGCAAGCAGGGCAAGCAGGGCAAAGGCGGCGAGUGCCACGAGUACGUCAUCCACCAGGGGGCGUGCAUUCCUGAGUGCCCAUCAGGGUACACCACCAUCAACUCCACCACGUUGAACUGCACUCCCUGUGCGGGUUUGUGUCCUAAAGUGUGUAUGGGGCUGAAGACGGUGGACUCGGUGACGGCGGCGCAGGCGCUCAGAGGCUGCACGGUGCUGAACGGCAGCCUGGUCAUCAACAUCAGAGGAGGAAAUAACAUCGCGGCGGAGCUGGAGGCUAACCUGGGUCAGCUGGAGGAGAUAACAGGCUAUCUGACUGUGCGCCGCUCGUACGCCCUCGUCUCCCUCUCUUUCCUCCGCAAGCUCAGACUCAUCCGCGGAGAGACGCAGGAAGUCGGGAACUACUCGUUCUACGCCCUGGAUAACCAGAAUCUGCGGCAGCUCUGGGAUUGGUCCAAACACAACCUGACCAUCCUGCAGGGCCGCAUGUUCUUCCACCACAACUCCAAACUCUGCAUGGCCGAAAUACGCAAGAUGGAGGACGUCACAGGGACCAAACACCGCCAGGUCAAGAACGACAUCGCCUCCAAAACCAACGGAGACCAGGCGUCCUGUGAGAGCCAGGCGCUGAAGUUCACGACGAUCCGCACACUGUCCGACAAAAUCAUCAUCAAAUGGGAGCCGUUCUGGCCUCCAGACUUCAGAGACCUGCUGGGCUUCAUGGUCAUGUACAAAGAGGCGCCCUACAGAAACGUGACGGAGUUUGACGGGCAGGACGCCUGCGGCUCUAACAGCUGGGUGAUCGCGGACGUGGACCCGCCGCUCAGAGCCACGGAAGGUAAAGAGCAGCAGGAGCCGGGAUACCUCAUCCUGGGCCUCAAGCCCUGGACGCAGUACGCCAUCAUGGUGAAAACACAGCUCUCCGCUUCAGACGAACACCAGGUCCACGGAGCCAAGAGCGAAAUCAUCUACGUCCGCACUGACGCCACCAAGCCGUCGGUGCCGCUGGAUCCGAUCUCCUCCUCUAACUCCUCCUCUCAGAUCAUCCUGAAGUGGAAGCCGCCCAACGACCCCAACGGGAACAUCACUCACUACCUGGUGUACUGCCAGCAGCAGCCCGAGGCCAGCGAGCUCUACAAGUUCGACUACUGUCAGAAAGGUAUGAAGCUACCGUCUCGAGCUCCGACGCAGGUGGACAGUGGCGAGGAGCAGAAGUGGAAUCAGACGGAGGAGCAUGGUCAGGGGGGGCGCUGCUGUGCCUGUCCCAAAACAGAGAAACAGCUGAAGAAGGAGGCUGAGGAGACAGAGUACCGUAAAACCUUCGAGAAUUACCUGCACAACGAGGUGUUCAGGAUCAGGCCAUCUCGGCAACGCAGGUCCCUCGUGGGUGUGGCUAACAGGACGACCUCUGACCUUCUGACCACGCCUUUCGUCCCUCCCAACACCUCGGCCACGCCCAGCCCAGAGGAGGAGGCGGAGGCUAACAAGAUCAUUCAGUACGUCUACGCAAAAGAGUCCACGGUCAUCUCCAACCUCAGACACUUCACCAGCUACCAGAUCGAGGUCCACGCCUGCAACCACCUGACCGAACCCACCCGCUGCAGCAUGGCUGCAUACGUCAGCGCCCGCACCAUGCCUGAGGAUCAUGCCGAUGACAUCGUGGGACCGGUCACCUUCGAAGUCGUGGAUUAUUCGGUCCAUAUCAGGUGGAUGGAGCCAAAAGCACCAAACGGCAUGAUCAUCCUGUACGAGGUCAACUACAAGAGGCUGGGAGACACAGAGGAGCUGCAUCACUGCGUGUCCAGAAAGAGCUACAUCAGUGACAGCGGCUGUAAGCUGAGAGUGGUGCAUCCUGGGAAUUACACGGUGCGGGUUCGAGCCACUUCGCUGGCGGGGAACGGAUCCUGGACGGAACCCACACACUUCUAUGUGCAGGACCCCCGUGUGGACCCGUCCAACAUGCUGAAGAUUGUGAUUGCCCCGGUCAUCUGCAUCGUCCUGCUGCUGCUGAUGGGAUUGGGCGGCUUCAUCAUGUUCAAGAAGAAGCAAACUGAAGGGCCGACGGGACGCCUGUACACCUCACCCAACCCGGAGUACCUCAGUCCAGACGAAGUCUACGAGCCGGACGAGUGGGAGGUUCCUCGGGAGAAGAUCAGUCUGCUGCGUGAGCUCGGUCAGGGCUCCUUUGGCAUGGUGUACGAAGGUAUAGCGAAGGACAUCGUGAAGGGAGAGUCGCAGACCCGCGUGGCCGUCAAAACCGUCAACGAAUCGGCCAGUCUGAGGGAGCGCAUCGAGUUCCUCAACGAGGCCUCCGUCAUGAAGGCCUUCAGCUGCCACCAUGUGGUGAGGCUGCUGGGCGUGGUCUCUAAAGGCCAGCCGACACUGGUGGUGAUGGAGCUGAUGACCCAUGGAGACCUGAAGAGCUACCUGCGCUCCCUCAGGCCGGACGCUGAGAAUAACCCCGGCCGGCCGCCCCCCACGCUGAAGGAGAUGAUCCAGAUGGCGGCGGAGAUCGCAGAUGGCAUGGCCUACCUGAACGCUAAGAAGUUCGUACACAGAGACCUGGCGGCCAGGAACUGCAUGGUGGCCGAGGAUUUCACCGUAAAGAUCGGAGACUUCGGCAUGACUCGAGACAUCUACGAGACGGAUUACUACAGGAAGGGGGGGAAGGGUCUGCUUCCGGUCAGAUGGAUGGCCCCGGAGUCGCUGAAGGACGGAGUCUUUACUGCCCACUCGGACUGCUGGUCGUUCGGCGUGGUCCUGUGGGAGAUCAGCACGUUAGCUGAGCAGCCAUAUCAGGGUCUGUCCAACGAGCAGGUGCUGAAGUUCGUGAUGGACGGUGGAUACCUGGACCGGCCGGACAACUGCGCUGACCGACUACACAACCUGAUGCAGAUGUGUUGGCACUACAACCCCAAGAUGCGUCCCACCUUCCAGGAGAUCAUCGAGAUGCUGAAGGAGGAGCUGCACCCGUCCUUCCAGGAGGUCUCCUUCUUCUACAGCGAGGAGAACAAGCCCCCGGAGAGCGAGGACUUCGACAUGGACAUGGAGAACAUGGAGAGCAUCCCUCUGGACCCUUCGUCCUACUCCCAGCGCGAGGGUAGCGCCGACGGGGACGAGGGGUCCGCCGUGGGCCUGAGGGGCAGCUACGACCAGCACGUGCCCUACACGCACAUGAACGGCGGAAAGAAAAACGGACGCAUUUUAUCCCUCCCCCGCUCCAGUCCCUCUUAACGCGGACCCCCGCGUGCCCCCUCCUCCCGCCAGACAAGCUACGCUAGAUUCAUUCGUUCUUUUAUACGGUCACUUUUAUCACACUAGCUCCACGGUGCCCUCAGACAGACAGCGAGACACUCAGGACUUUCAUUUUCCAUUUUUCUCCGCUGCCACACGAGUACCACAGUGCAGGGUGCCACCGACUCAUUUCUCCUUUUGUAUUUAAAGAAGACGACGAAGGAAAGUGCACAACGUCAUCUGCUCCUCUGUUUUAAAUGUUGCCAAGUUUCCAGAACUAAAUGGAACAAACUGUGAAUCUGAACCUCAGACAACCAGACGGCUGCUUAUGAACCCCCUCCAGACUCUUCCCUCUCCUCCAGCUGCGGCUUUUCCUCCAAAAAAAACGAAAGAGAAGACGAGGAAGACGGAAAGAAAAGUGGCCUUAUCGUAUUUGUGGCCUAUGUCGAGGUCUUUUGUAUUGAAGGUGGACGUCCUAGAACAAACUGCUUUGGGCUACAGGAGCCUCCACUUCUCUCUCUCUCUGUCUGUCUGUCUGUCUGUCUGUCUGUCUGUCUGUCUAUCUAUCUAUCUAUCUGUUUCUCUCUCUCUUCAGUAUUUCAGAUCACACAGAGAAUGGGCCGAUAUACGGACUUUAUUUUCUUAUUUAUUUUUGUUUCUUGUUUUUUCUGAAACAUUUACAGCUGAAGGAUAUCAAACCCGUAUUUUCAGGACAUUUGGACACAAACAGUUCCUCAGAUUGACCAGUAGUUGCUGCUUUGAUAUAUUUUAGUAGAUAUAGAUGAUGAGAAAAAAGUAUAUAUGAAUAUAUUAUUGAUGUUUUUUGUUUUUUUUUGUUUUUUGUACAUAGUGGACAUGUCGUCGUUGAAGAGCUAUUGCCGGUUGUAGAAAUGUUUUUACAUGUUUAUUUUUUUUUCUUUGUCUGUCUGUGAGCUUUAUUUUUUUCUAAUUCAGAAAUCGUACUAAUCCCGUUCUGAAGCUCUGAGCCGCUCGCUCAGGUGGAAGUAUUCUAGACGGCUUCGGAUGUCAACACUUGAUAUCGAUUGAAAUUACUGCUGUUAAUAAAGCAGCGAGGUGCAUUCGAGACGAGAGCA